AUGGCUCUAUCUUCUCAACAUGUUCUUCUUCCCUUGUUCUUUUUUCUAUCAGCAAACCAAGUUCUUCCUCAGACCAGUAAUGGCAGAGUGAGCUUAGGAGCUUCCCUUUUCGCAACAGAGAACUCUUCCUCUUGGCUCUCUCAGAAUGGCGAGUUUGCUUUCGGCUUUCGCAAGCUUAGAAACCAAGAUGAUAUCUUCUUCUUGCUAUGCAUAUGGUAUGUCAAGAUACCUGACAAAACCAUAAUUUGGUGUGCCAAUGGAGAUAAGCCAGCCGAAGCGAGAUCAAAUAUGGUGCUAACUCCUGAAAUAGGACUUGCUCUAACUACUCCUCUAGGCGAAGAGCUAUGGAAGUCUGAGUCAGUUGAUGAAAGUGUUGCCAAUGGUGUCAUGAGUGAUGAAGGAAACUUUGUCCUUGAAGGUUCCAAUUCAAACAAGUUAUGGGAAAGCUUUAAGAAUCCAACUGAUACUAUUUUGCCAAGCCAAGUAUUGGACAUGGGACAAGUCCUUUCAUCUCAUCAAUCUAAGACUAACUAUUCCAAAGGAAGGUUCCAAUUUCGUUUGCGAGAAGAUGGGAAUGUUGUGCUCAACACAGUAAACUUGCCUUCUAACUAUGCCAAUGAGCCUUAUUAUGCAACUAACAUCUCUGGUGAAAGCUCUAAUCCAAUGAUUGCAACCACACAUAUAGUUUUCAAUGAGUCAGGUUACUUGUAUGUUUCCAGAGGGAAUGGUGAAAUAUUCAAUCUGACACAAGGAAGAGUUGUGCCGACAAGAAACUACUACGUUCGAGCAACAAUUAGUUUUGAUGGAAUUUUCACACAGUACUUUCAUCCCAGAAAUUUUAGUAGCAAUGUGAGUUGGACACCUCUUUGGUCUAUACCAGAUAACAUAUGCAUUUCAACUGUUGUUUGGGCAGGUAUUGGAGUUUGUGGGUACAAUACCAUUUGCAGCCUCAAGGAGGACAAGGGGCCAAAGUGUGAAUGCUUAGAAGGGUACUCUCUAAUCAAUCCUGAUGACAGUUAUGGAAGUUGCAAACCAGAUUUCAUUCAAGGCUGUAAGGAAGAUGAGAUAACUAGUUCUGGGAAAGAUGCAUAUGAUAUUGUGGAACUCAGGAAUGCUGGUUGGCCCGGAUCAGAUUACAUUAGAAUAGCAUCUUCCACUAAAGAAACCUGCAAAAAAUCUUGUUUGAAUGACUGUUUAUGUGCUGUUGCUGUUCUGAGAGGAGGGACUUGUUGGAAGAAGAGGUUUCCCUUAUCAAAUGGGAGAGUGGAUAACAGCCGUCCAUCUAUUCCUUUGAUCAAAAUUCGAAAGGGUAACUCUACUAUCUUAUCUAAUCAUCCUGUUACAAAAGUGAUCAAGAAAAACCAGAGCGGUUUGAUUCGAGUUACAUUGGGGAUAUUAAGUGCCUCUGUAUGUGUUAACUUUAUGUUUCUUGGUGCAAUUUGUAUGGGAUUUUUCUUCAUUCACAAGAAGAAGAAUGAAAGGUCUCAUUCUCCACAAGAAGUUCCUGAAUCAAAUUUGCGUUGCUUUAGCUACAAGGAACUUGAAGAAGCCACAGACGGUUUCAAAGAUGAACUGGGACGUGGAGCUUUUGGCAUUGUUUACAAAGGCUUUGUGAUACAAACUAAUGCUAGCACUGCCGUGGCUGUGAAGAAAUUGAGUCCAGUACUAAGAGAUGGUGAAAGAGAAUUCAAGGCAGAAUUGAAAUCCAUUGGCCAAACACAUCACAAGAAUCUUGUUCACCUACUUGGAUACUGUGAUGAUGGACAAAAUCGUUUGUUGGUAUACGAGUUCUUGUGCAAUGGGACUCUAGCAAACUUUCUGUUUGGUGACAUAAAGCCUAGUUGGAACCAAAGAUGUGAACUUGCUUUAGGAAUUGCAAAAGGGCUCUUAUAUUUACAUGAGGAGUGCUAUAGUCAGAUCAUCCAUUGUGAUAUAAAGCCUCAGAACAUACUUCUUGAUGAGUACAACAAUGCAAAGAUAUCAGACUUUGGUUUGGCCAAACUUUUGAUGAUGAAUCAGAGCCGUACACACACAUCCAUUAGAGGGACAAAAGGGUAUGUUGCACCAGAGUGGUUCAGGAACAUGGCCAUUACUUCUAAGGUGGAUGUGUAUAGCUUUGGAGUGGUACUACUUGAGAUUGUUUGUUGUAGAAGAAAUGUGGAUAUGGAGACUGGUGUGGAAGGGGGAGAGAUAUUGACAGAUUGGGCUUAUGAUUGCUUUAGAGAAGGGUCUUUGGAUGUUCUUGUGGAUUAUGAAGUUGAUGCUUUAUCUGAUAAGAAAAGGUUUGAGAUUUAUGUGAUGGUGUCCUUGUGGUGUGUCCAAGAAAAUCCAUCUCUUAGACCCAAUAUGAGAAGGGUUGUUCAGAUGCUUGAAGGAGUUGUUGAAGUGAGUGCUCCACCAUGCCCUUCACCAUUUUAG